AUAAAGGCCAUAUUGAUAUAUAGCGAUUGUCAAAAUAAUAAGCCAAAAAGCAUAACUUAAGAUUCUAACAAAGAGAAUAAGAAUAUUCUACUCCCACAAUGCAACAGAAUCAACUGAAACACGAAAAUGGGUGUGCACGUAGUUGUUACUAUUGGAGAUCUUUUUGGCUUGCAACAAUGUGCCUUUUGCCGGGAAUGUCAAAAUUCGCUAGGAUUGGUGUGCUUUGGGGCUGGAUCACUUUGAUAAUACUAUUAAGUUCUUUGAUUAUUCGAUUUGCUACAUUUGGUCCCGAUCAAACAGAAUCCUCACCCGGUGACCAGAGAAUUGUGGGUAAAGUCACAAACCUCAUGUGUCAAAGUGUCAAAGUAACCAAUCGAGAGAAACAUGCGAUUGACGUAUAUACAUCUGAUGGUGUACCACCAAUCCUUCAAAAUAAAACAUUCCAGAUUCUCACGCGCUCUACAAAUGUGUAUGACAAUGAAAAACAUGUUCAUUGGACAUUUACUUUGAUUUCUGGUACACGUGGGGUUGUCAUGACAACAACUUCGGCUAAUGUUGAGUUUGUCAUCUUCCAAGGGAGACACAACCUUAAUCUAUUCUUGGGAAAAGUACGGAGGCAACGCUGCAACAAUAGAUGCUUUUUACAAUAUCACAAAUACAAAGAAGGAACACAUCGUGCAAAUCUAUCUGUAUCUACAACGGAGGACUAUUUCUUUUUGUACCGCCGAUCAAAAGCCUCUGCACAACCUGGGAUAAACUUCAGCAAAAUCAAUGUUACAUUUAUCCUCAACAGAGCCCUGUAUAACCUAUCGAAUUCCAAUCAUGCAUGCACGCUAUCAACAUUGGGCAACUCAUCAUCAAUGUGUGAUGUGGAUUUGCCAUAUAUGACCAACCGACAAGUUGUAAUCACUUAUGAUCCAAAAUCGGACACAGAAAAUAAUAUCAAGGUCGUAACUGAGUGCUAUCCACGAAUCGGAAUUUACAUGGUAUUUUUUCUAGUUAUCCCAUUGGUUGUUGGUGCAAUGGUUUCAGGACUGAUCAUGGUGCUAUGUAAGGAAAAUGAAUGCUGCGGGAAACGACUGACAAUGGAAAACCAGCAAGCAACAGUUCCUACAGUAAAUGUGCCUUAUGAAAAUGCUACACACAGUGACUUGUUCUCUAGUCCAGAGUAUAAAGGCACAGUAAGCUUUGAACCUCAGGAUUAUGGUUCAACUAUGACAAAGAAAUAUUAAAUCCUAAAUUUAUGGCCUAACUAUGGAUAAUAAAAAAGACAUGAAUAAAUGACAUAUUAAAUCUUAAAGUUAUAGCCCAUCUGUGAAAAAGACAUAUUAACUCCAGAGUUAUAGUCCACCUAUGAAAAAGACAUAUUAACUCUAGCGUCAUUAUACAACAACUGUGAAAAGUGUACAUAUAUAUUAACUCUUUACAGUCUGACUAUAGAAAUAAACAUACCAACUCCAGACAUAUAAAUCAUAGUUAUUGUCAAAACUUUGAAAAAGACAACCAUGACAAAGACACACAUUUGAGUCUA